AAAGAUUAUUGUAUAUUAUUAUAUAGUAAAAUUUUACUAUUUCCAAUUUUCUUCCACAUUUAAAAGUUCAGUUACAUAACAUUUUUCCACUUUUAAUUGUAAAGUCUAAAUAUUUAAAGGAGUAUGGAAUGAAUUUAAUUCUCAAACCAAUUGUAAUUGAAUUAAACUCCUUACACAUAAAUUCCACCAGAUUAAGUUUUUUAUCAAAGACUCCAUUUACACAUGUACAAAUACUUCAAUUUUGUGGCGAUAAUCUCGGUUUGCAUACACUAUUUGGGUUCACAGAAAGUUUUAACGCAAAUUUUAGAUGUAGAUUUUGUAAGAUGGGUAAGCAGCAGACUUUCACUGCCAUUGAGGAAGUAAUCGCACAAAGACGAAGCCUAGAAGACUAUGAAAAUGAUUUACAAAUUAAUAAUGUUAGCUUGACAGGUAUUAGGGAAGGGACUAUUUUAAAUGAUAUUAAAGGUUUUCACAUUACAUCCAACUUUGCUCCAGAUAUUAUGCAUGAUGUACUGGAGGGCAUUUGUAUAACGGAAUUAAAACUGUUUUUAAAGCAUGUGUGCCAAAACGGCUUUUUCUCUCUUACAGAAAUUAACCACAGGAUAUCAUCGUCCAUUAAAAGUUAUUCUCAUUCCAUUUCCAAAUUACCAGAAAUUGACAUCGGUUUUGUUGAAGGAGACAAAAAAACCUGCUUUUCUGCAUCGGAAAUGAGCCACUUUUUCUUAAUUUUCCCCGCCAUAUUUGGUGAUAAAUUGUCUAACGACGAUAAGCAUUGGAUUUUAGUUUUACGGUUACGUAGGAUUAUUAGAAUCUUAAUGGCACCACAAAUAAGUAGGCCAGGGAUCAAGUUGCUAAAUUAUUUAAUUUCUGAGCAUCAUGAAACAUUCAUUAACUUGGCUCAUAGUAACUUGACCCCAAAAUUCCAUCACUUGUUACACUACGCCAACGCUGUAGAGCACUUGGGACCUCUUAAACAAUAUUGGUGCAUGCGGUUUGAAGCAAAGCAUCGAUUGGCAAAAACUAUUGGCAAAAACUCGUACAAUUUCAAAAAUAUUUCCAAGACUAUUGCAAGGCGCAUAUCACUUAACAUUGCAUUUUCACUAUGUGAAGAAGUAGGCAGUGGAAUAAAUUACAAGUCCGGGUCAAGGACAAUGUUUAACGAUUUGAAGGUUGUGUUCGAUUUUUCUAAACUCUCCAUCAAUCCAAACGACGAUGUACUUAUUGUUGACUCGCUCACAAUUAAUGGCACAAAAGUUAAAUCUGGAAAUUAUUUCAUUUUGAAUGACUCUGCUUCCGAGUUGCAAUUUUGCCAAAUUUGUUUGUGCUUAAUUUAUGACGAGAAGGCUCAUGUUGUUGGAAAGCUGGUAAAAUGUGAAGAAUAUUUUUUUAAUUCAUUUUUGUUUAAAAUAUCUGAUUUUGGGAAACCGAUUUUAAUUGACCCUAAAACCCUAGAGUUAGAAUAUCCAUUAUUGGUUGUCAACAACCUGGAUGACCCGCAUGGUGAUGGUUUAAUUUGUUGCCCAAUUGAAUUAGUUUAAAAGAAUUUUUUGUACAUAUGUAUAUAUAGUUAGGGAAAUUAAGCUCAGAGACUGAACAGCGAGCAGAGCGAGCACAAGUGGAGGAAACAAUGAAAAUAAUAGUUAUUGACAACAAUAUUAGCGUCAAUUCUCAAAAUUCUGAGAGUGUUGGAGAUUUGACAGUGGAGUUAUUUUACUCUCUUAUUGCAUGAAGUUUGUCAGCUGGCAUUGGUCAAAAUUUAACAAUAUACUUAGUUAAUUUUACACAAUUAAUGAGUAAAGUGAUUGGCCAACUGAGUUGGGUAAAAUUUGUAUAACAACGUAGCAGUCCCAAAUUUCACACAAUAUUGUGGUAUAAUUUGGUCACCUUUAGAGCAGAAUUUCCACAACUUUAUUUAGAGUGCACAUAAAGAAGUAGCUUCAGCGACUUAUUGGAGGAGACUUUAUGAGUACAAUCAGCCAUCGAUUUUACUUUAUCUCAUUUCACCCCAGCCAUCGAUUUUACUUUAUCUCAUUUCACCCUAGCCAUCGACUUUUAAAAUCUCAUUGCACCCCAACCUCGCCCCCGACAGCGAGGGAACACAUAAUUUCAAUCUGACAUCGAUGACAUCUCACUGACAUCUCGCAUGACGGCACAUCCCGCAUACUUAUCCCAGAUUUCUAUCUAAAAGUGUACUAAUUUUCCUAAAA